UUCCAUUUCCCUGAGCGUACGAAUUCCAAGGCUGAAAAUCUAUCCGCGUACCUGCGGCGGCGUACAGGGAAGGGCAAAUCGGCAAAGGCAACGAAUCCAUGGAUGAUCCCAUUCCAGUUGCGCAAACUACUAGUGCGAUCUUGCACACGUUCACGUGAACUCCAGCCGAUCGAGCUAGCGGCCGCUCUUGACCUCACCUGCACACUAUCUCCUCCAUCGAACCCGUGAUGAUUAGCGCAGCUAGACUGCUUGCAGCGGCGGCGGUAUAAAGGUAGCCAUCGGAAAGACGCCUUUGCUUCCGCUUUCUCCCUCUCUCUUUGUCGCCAUGAUGCUGCCGUUCUGCGGCAGGAGGGGUGGCGCCGUCCUCGCCGCCGUUGCGUUGUCUUCCUAUGUCGUCCUGCUGCACGCGUUCGCGCUGCCGGCAGCCUCGGCGCUCGGAGUCGGGCUGGCGGGGCGCCACCGGCGCGACGCCACGCCCGGCGCGGCGAGCUGCGACGUCUUCAGCGGCAGCUGGGUCCUCGGCGACGCGUCGGCCUCGGCGUACACCGGUUACAAUUGCCCGCUCAUCGACGCCGAGUUCAACUGCCAGCUCUACGGCCGGCCGGACUCCGACUACCUCCGGUACCGCUGGAAGCCGGCCGGAUGCGAGCUCCCGAGGUUCGAUGGCGCGGACUUCUUGACGCGGAUGAAGGGGAAGACGGUGAUGUUCGUGGGGGACUCGCUGGGGCGCAACCAGUGGGAGUCGCUCGUCUGCCUGCUCCACGCCGCCGCGCCGCAGUCGCCGGCGCAGCUCGUCUCCUCGGACCCUCUCUACAACUACAAGUUCCUGGAGUACGAGGUGACGGUCUCCUUCUACCGUGCGCCGUAUCUUGUGGACAUCGACGUGGUCCAGGGGAAGAAGGUCCUGAUGCUGGACGACAUCACCGAGAACGCCGAGGCGUGGCGCGACGCCGACGUGCUCUCCUUCAACUCCGGCCACUGGUGGACGCACACCGGCGCGAUGCAGGGGUGGGAUUACAUGGGGGAGGCCGGGCGGUACUACGAGGACAUGGAUCGGACGGUGGCGUUCCAGCGCGGCCUCACCACCUGGGCCAACUGGGUGGACCUCAACGUCGACCCGGCGAAGACCCGUGUCUUCUUCCAGGCCAUGUCGCCCACGCACUACAGUUCGAAGGAGUGGCCCAACCCGGUAUCCAAAAACUGCUACGGCGAGACGACUCCGGUGGUUGGGCUCAAUUCGACGACCACCACCGGCCAGGCCUCAUCGGGCCAGGAGCAGGUGAUCCAGGCCGUGCUGCGGGGGAUGAAGAGCCCCGUCCGCCUCCUCGACAUCACGGCGCUGUCGGCGAUGCGGAAGGACGCGCACCCGUCGGUGUACAGCGGCGACUUCUCGCCGGCGCAGCGCGCCAACCCCGGCGGCUCGGUGGACUGCAGCCACUGGUGCCUCCCCGGCCUCCCGGACACCUGGAACCAGCUCUUCUACACCCUCCUCUUCUACAAGUAGUAGCGACACAGCAAUUCACCCACCGUGCAGCUAGCAGCUAGCCACCGCAUUGUUACAGGCCAAUUGAAUUUGAUUAUUGCUUCGGUGCGUGCGUGUAAACAAUCAUUAGUGUGACGUCGUCUCACAGUCACACUGUCACAGGAGUAUGUGAGCUGCUGGAGAAAUGAGUUGUCUGUUGGUUCCCCGGUGCACGUUGCUUUCCACCUUUGUGUGCAGUGUGCACUCAAGAAGAACGUGUAAAUCUCGGCAUCAACAAAGCAAGUGCCUCAUUUUCUCUCGGC